CCGGCUCGGCGGUGGCCGGCCCCCAUUCCCCAGAUGGCUCGGAGCCGGUGAAGAUGCCGCCCCUACUCCGGCGGGGUGGCGUCCUCCCGAGGAGCGCGGCGGCGUGCGGGGCGCGAGGGGGCCGGUAGCAGCGCCACUCGCGCCGCCGCCCCUCCGCCCUGAGUCGUUCGGCCGGAGUGCGCCCCGGCGUGGCACCCAAGUCGUGCGCUAGGUUUGCGUCUCUCUGCGCCUCUCGCCGGACGCCGUAGUGCCUAGCGAUUUUGCUCGCGGUUUCGAGUGCGGCGGCGUGCCCGCCUGACCUCUCGAGUCGUCAGUGGGCUCUGAAUCUAGCGUAUGCGUUGCAACUGCUGCAAUGUUUCGAGCGUGCACUACGCCAAAAUGGAGUGGUGCAAUGUCAUGGUUAACUGACAACUGCGCAUUCCUGCAGAAGAGCAGAAAUUCGACAGGCCGGCGCAUCCUUGUAUUGAAUUUGUGAUAGGAUCUAGUCUUGGUCUUAGACUUAGUUUGGUUAUGGUGGGACAUUUGGUGGACGAUUUCCACUGAUGCUGCUCGUUCUGUAUGCGUGGUCUAACAUACUGUAUUAGCUGAGCAGAACUGGCCCUUUUAUUUUAGAGAAACAGGGGUCACUUUCCCCGUGGGCUUUUCAUAGAUGCGGGAGUGUAUUGUCACUGUUGUGCUGCCAGAUCAUGCUAAUGUUUCACCGAAGUUCAUUUGUACAGGCAGAGUCGGUGAUAUUGGAAAGUGCAAGCAAGGGUGUUACUGCAUAUCUCGACGCGGUCGAUAACUUAAAAAGCGCCGAGGACUUCUUCACUUCAAAGAGAAUCGGUAAAGCCGGUGACGACGCGCUCAAACGUGUCGAUGAAUUGCUUCGUAAGGCGGCUGCCGAGUUGGAGAAUGAAUUCAGUAGGGUGCUAUCAGAAUGCAGCAAACCGGUAGAGCUUGAGCAACUUCUCAAAUGUCUUCCAAGCCGUUCAUCAGCGAAAGAUUCUGCUGAAAGCCAGCCAAAUCCGGGUGCCGUGCUCUCUCUUCCUACGCUCAUUGAUCCGCGCUACGUGCCUCGGCUCUCAAAGUUAGCUCAGAAAUCAGUCCAACUUGGUUGCCAUAAACAGUUUGUGAAGAUAUAUAGAGAUACUCGCAGUUCAACUUUGGAACUGACCCUUAAGCAGUUGGGAGUUGAAUAUGUUACGGCAGAAGAAGUACAGACUGCGCAGGCUGAGAGCCGGGACGCUAAAAUUACUCACUGGAUCCGAUGUUUGCAGAUUGCGGUAAAGUUGCUUUUUCCUAGUGAACGCGCACUGUGUGAUCAAAUUUUUGAAGGGAAGCAUGCAUGGAAAGACCAUUGCUUUGCUGCAGCAACAUCCAAAAGCCUCCUGAAUCUACUCAGCUUUGGACAAGCUAUUUCUAAAUCUAAGACAUCACCAGACAAAGUAUUUUUGCUGCUAGAUAUGUUUGACCGAACAUUGGAACUUCAAUCUGAGGUUGAGGCAGUCUUUGCAGGAGAUGAGUGCGCUGAAAACCGGAAAUCUGCAAGUACUUUGGUCAAAUGUUUAGCACAAGCAGCAAAAAAGACUCUCAUUGACUUCAAAGACAGCAUUGUGAAGGAGUCGCCUAAGAAUACGAGUACUGAUGGAGAUGUGCAUCCUCUUACCAGCUAUGUUGGAAACUAUAUCAAAUAUCUUAUGGACUAUCAGUCAUCACUAAAGCUGAUCUUUCAAGAAUCCAGCAAUGGAGACGGAACAAAGUCUGGUCUGGUCUCUGAAAUCUCUGGCCUUAUACAUGCGGUAGAGACCAACCUAGAUGUAAAAGCAAAGCAAUACAAGGAUCAUGCCCUGGGAAUUCUGUUCUUAAUGAAUAACAUCAACUAUAUCGUCAGAUCUAUCCGCAGUUCAGAAGCCAAGGAUUUAGUUGGUGAUGAUUGGAUUCAAAGACGCCGAAGGACUGUGCAGCAACAUGCUACUCAGUACAAAAGAGUUGCUUGGGGAAAGGUAUUGGAUUGUCUCUCAGCUCAGGGUUUAACUUCAUCAGUAGGUUCUGCUACAGAAGGUAUUGCAGGAAGUGUUGGAAGUAUCGGAUCUCACAGCAGUACAACUUCCACAUCUGUGAUCAAGGCGAGAUUCAAGUCUUUCAACAAGCAAUUUGAAGAGGUUUGUCAGACUCAGAUGAACUGGGCUAUUCCCGAUAAAGAGUUACGCGAUAACCUUAUCCUUGCAGUUGCUGAAGUUCUGUUACCUGCUUAUAGAUCUUUCCUGAAACGCUUUGGGCCUCUUGUCGAGAACAGCCAUCAUGCUUCGAAAUAUAUGAAGUACACUCCAGAAGCACUUGAGCAAACACUUGGUAAUCUAUUUGCAAAGAAGUUACCACAGUAGGUGAACUGGGACACUGAUUGCACCAAGCAUUCUAAUUAGCAGAAGGCUCAAACUCUGUGGAUCUCAUAAUAGGAACUAGGGGGAUAUUGUCGUGGCCUCGGUUGGUCAGGGAGUCAUUUUUUAUGCUGUUGAGUUGAGCAGGUCGUCAACCUAUCCCGAGCCAACCAAAUCUCAAUCCAGCAUUAUCGUAAGGCUUCCUGUGCUCCAGCACGCGUGCUGCAAUAGCGUCACAUAUAAUCUGCAUUCAGUUCUGGAUCUAGAUGUUGAUAGCAGAGCUACGAAAAUCAGUGUGUGGGUCUAGCGACGCAUGAUUUUUUUUGGUUGUACUCAGAGAGUAGAUAUCAGAUAGGGAUUUGGUGGAAAAAGGCGAUAGAUAUCUUUCUGGUCGUUUCGUGGUAAUAUCGUCACAGCUAAUGGACCAGGUCACAGAGCUAUCAUGGGUCAUAGGUCAUGGCGAGUACCCGUGGAAUCUAAACAUAGUUUUGCUUUUAUGUUUUAUUGCCAUGGUAGAACUUGUUCUUAUUCUUUGGGAGAAUAUUGUCUCUUCAUGUUAAAUAAACUCGGGGUCGGUUGCUAGUCUCGGUAUAAACCGGGUGGCAAACAGGGGUAAUCAGAUGGAUUCUUCCUGGCUAUAACUUUAUGCCAUGCUUAAUUGUACUA